AUGUGCUUGCUGUCACACGAUGACUCAUCCGAUCUUGUCAUUUGCGACCACGGAUACCAAGAGGUCUUGAAGAUGGAGGGAGCACAUAUGGAUGCCUUCCCCGACACCAUUCCUGAAAUCGACAAACGGCUGCAUGCGCUUCAUGCUGAAAUUUCUGCACUCAAGACGAAACGGAAUACACUUGUACCAAUAUUCAGACUUCCCGACGAGCUAAUCCGCCACAUAGUAGAGCUCUACGCCCACUCGUCCGACUCUUUAUUCAAUCUUGCAUGGACGAAGCUCAUGUGGGUCUGUCGUCGUUGGGCAGAGAUUGUCUUCUCCUUGCAAGAACUGUGGGGCUAUAUCGACCUGGGAACAAACGUUCACAAGAUAUACUCCAAGAUUGACGCGCAAGUCAAGUAUUCUGGUGUUGCGCCCUUGACUUUCAAAGCCUACUUGUUGGACACAGACUACUUUGUGAGAUGGGCCGUGUCUGAAAAUGCGACAAGAGUGCGUUCAUUGACGCUGGAGGGUCGGACAAAGCAUGUUUCUACGCUAAUCGCCGCACUUCCUGACCUUCAUUUGACUGCUCUGGCCUCCCUUUCAGUCUCGCAUUAUGCAGGCGAGGACGCACCCGGGAGCACAGUGGUCAUUCCUGCUGAACUGUUCGAUGGCCGUCUUCCCCGCCUACGGGAGCUAUGUUUCAAGGAAAGCUCCAGCAUUUCUGCCCCAUGGAGUCUAUUCCGAAACCUAGAACGUCUCACCUUGACCGGCUGCACGAACUCUUCUUCCGAUUCUCCUGCCACUGUCGAUGAUGUCCUUCAAGUAUUGGCGGCAUCCCCAAACUUGAAAAUGCUGGCAUUGCAGCCGAAAGCAUCGCUUUUGCCAGUCGUGAACAGAGAACCUAUAACUCUGCCGAUGCUGCAGUACCUCUACAUUCGCGACUAUAUUUCCCCGACAACGGUGCUUCUGAAUGCUCUCCGUUUCCCGCCGACCAGCAUUAUCCAGAUAUACCCUCACGGCAUCUACACUGGCAAUGACAUUCGCAACGUACUGGUUCCCAUGCGCACACAUCUUCGCGCUAGAGCGGCUCCCCGUCUUCCUUUCUUUACUCUCCGCGCCUUUAUUGGACCAAACGACCGCUCGGAUUUUGUAUGCACCAUGGAGCUUGGCGACUCAGAGUCGAGCUCUGGGCGCUAUUACCACACACAGCUUGAUGAGAUUGAUGGAACGUCGACUUCGCUAGUCCUCAAUUCUCAUCCCAAUAGCGAGCCUGCCUUGCGGCAGAUUGUCACCAAGUUCUUAAACACUGCUCGAGCGGAUGUUGUAACACACCUCGAUGCCAGUGAAGUAAGAGAUAUGGGGGAGGCGUCAUGGCGCACCAUAUUGCGCUUGCUCCCGGCGCUAAAUUCACUCCGGGUCACACUUUCCGCGGCACCGACAUUCAACGCACGCAGUUUCUUGGGUCUCUGCCAGGCCCUCUGCAAACUGGAAGCAAAUAGCCAUAUUCGAGUGUUCAAUCUCCAGUUGUAUUCAUUCAGUCUGCGCGGCGAAUCGAAUGAUUUUAACGGCGCCUGGCUUGUCGAGCCAAUGACAAUGCUCAAAGCAUACGUGCGUCAUCGACGAGCACAAUACGACGCUUCUCCGGAUACCGUCACCCCCCCUCGAAUCGCUCGACAUCCGCGACGAUCACAGUCUGUUGCAUUCGCGGACCCAUCGACCGCGAAUGAAGAGCAUCUUCCGGCUGCUCCGUGGAAUGGGUGUUAUCAAGCGUGA